CAUGAAUAAUUCACUUCCUAACCAGCAACCAAAUAACCCCUAAUGUUUGAACUCGUCAAAUCUAAAUUCAGGUUUCUCCUUUGUAGUUGUUGCAGCUUUGAAGUGCUUAUAAAUAAAUCUUGGAGAUCAGAAUGGGUGAGAAGGUUGGUACUUUGAAGGAUAAGAGAGUAGUUUUUGUGACGGUUGGGACAGCUUGUUUUGAUGCUCUAGUCAGAGCUGUGGACACUCCACAAGUUAAGAAUGAAUUGUUCAGGAACGGAUACACGAAUAUUCUGAUUCAAAUGGGCCGUGGAUCAUACAUUCCCAACAAGUUGACAGUUGGGAAUGGGUCUGCAGUUCUGGAGUACUUCACGUUUUCGUCAAGUAUAGCUGGCUACUUGAAGGAAGCAUCACUUGUUAUCAGUCAUGCAGCUGGGCAAGACCAUGUAAUCACACGUUUGAAGGUGCCAGCAGGUUCAGGGAGCAUAUUUGAGACAUUGCGGCUGGGUAAACCAUUGAUAGUUGUAGUCAAUGAGGACCUAAUGGACAAUCAUCAAAGUGAACUAGCAGAGGAACUGGCUGAUCGAAAGCAUUUGCUCUGUGCUCGUCCCCAAACUCUAUAUGAGACGAUUGUGGAUAUGGAUACAACAUCUCUCGUCCCAUACAAACCAGGUGAUGCAGAACCAGUUGCUAAACUUAUCAACAGAUAUCUUGGGUUCCCUGAUGAUUAGUUGGCACGCAUCAAAUGAAAAAAUGCAGGAUUGACUUGUAUUUGUCAUGAACUGAAUUGAAGUGUAAUUUUAUGUUAUUAUGGCCUCAUGUUUUCUGUUCAAUUGAUCUGUUAGU